AUGACGGACUUGGCAGAGGAGGACCUGCCUGGGCGCCCGCACAAAGCGGCGGUGCAAGGGGGAGGAGCCGCACGCCGGGGUCAGGAGAGAAACAAUCGACAGGCUUCAGACACCCCGGGUCCGGGCCGUUCGGACGCGCCCAGGGCCACUCCCCCGGCCCGAAGGGCCCAGCAUUUGGGGAAGUUUCGGGGUUCGGGAGAGCGGCAUGUUCCCGUCCGCAUGCCCCCGGCGGCCCGGUCUAGGCGGCCGGCGCAGCUGUUCCCCACACCUGGACCCUCGGGGUUGGGCAGAGGGGAGAAGAAAGAAGGGAUGCCCCCGACCUGGCAAGCCCCUAGCCGGCGGGAGAGAGCCCCCCACGUGUCGAGGCUCCCCCUUUCUGACAGUCACGACAAGGAGGCAGAAAGGAGGCUCCGGCUCCAGGAGAGCCGUACAAACCUCCCUCCCGAUCCCUCCGGGCCUUUCCCCGAGGCAAGAGGGAGUCUCCGACGACCCCCCCCCCCACCUUUCCCCCCACGCCCGGGCAGGGACAAGAAAACCGCAAAAGCCAGGGGUGAGCAGGAGGUCAAGCCCGUACCCUUCCUGCAGGCGUCAGGCCGGGGGCGCAGCGCGGGGGACCGGGGCCUGUGCUCCCCCGGGCUGUGCCUCAGUUUCCUCUUCUGCACGGCCGCUCCCUCGAGCCGCAGACCAGGCGCCUCUCGGCGUGGCCGGAAGGGGAACGGGGCCGCCGAGGGUCCUGGAAGGAGGAGGGGCGAGCGGCCGAAGUCGGGCCGUGCCUCGCCUCUCGGAUCUCGGCGUCAGGCCCGGGGGCCCCCUCAAGAACCGCAGCCGCCGUCGAGGGCUGGGGGAGGGGAAGGCAGGGGAGGCUGCCUCAGGCAGGGAGCCGGAGCCUGUAAGGCACUCACCUUCUCCUCAGGACGGGGCGAGCCGGCGGCGUCGCGGAGGCUGCGAGGGCUUGGGGGCGGCGAGGCUGCAGGAGCGGAGGCGGCGGCGUCGGCGGCUGCGUCCGGGUCUGCCUACCUCCCCGCCGCCAUCUUGACGCCCCUCCUCCUCCUCCUCCCCCUCCCCCCCGGCACCACCAGCCCCCCCCUUCCCGUCCCGCCCGCCCCGCGAGGGUCCCCCAACCCCCAAAUCCCACCGGCCUGGAACCAGUGGCUGGAUCCGAGCGAACUCCGGAACCAGAUGGGUCCAUCUCUUCGGCCUAAGGGUGGGCGAACGUUUCACCACGUUCUUACCACCCACCGGCUCUCUCGAAAGUGUUGCCGGGAAGAAGGUCUCAAACAGCUCGUGGCGCCAUGA